AUGCAUUGCCUAUUAUUGAUGUUACUCUUGCGCAGAGGUAAAGAGUCCCCUGGAACAGUUUCCCCUCAGUACAUUAAGCCGACAGCACCAGGCUCUGCGUGUUCACGUUCUUUAACUGCGCAUCUCGUACUCUCCCCUCCAAACUAUCCGCUUCACGGAAAUUACGACACUUAUCACGCAUACCUUAGUAAUAGUAUGCGACUCAUUGCGACCACCAUCUCCGCAUCCACACCAUUCAAUACCAAGAAUUCACUCACAACUAUGGACAUGGAACUUCUUGCGGCAAUCGAUUGGCUCAUCAUUGGUAUUGCUCGGAUCAUAUCUUCUUGGGGUCGUGAACUUAGCAGACCGGGUUCGGGCAUCUGGCACCAGUUUGAGAGUACUGGAUUCAUUCUUGCCAGUGUUAUUGGUAUACUUAUUGUCCAUCGGGCUCUCGGUAUCACCCCUCACACGCAGUGGCGUGCAGUCAUAGAUCCCCUACUUUUGCAAACCGCCUGGGCGUCGAUGACUUACAAUAUCACGUUGGACGGGGCCGCGCGCACUGCAACCCGCUGA